AUGGAUGCAGGAACAUGGACGUCCUACCCUUGGCUACCCGCUGCAUUCACCUCGCCCACUUUAGUUCUCACCAUGGCUCAUGCCAGUACCACCAUUGGCAGUUCUGACGCGACUAGGGCCACCUCUGGUCACGGUAGUUCCGCGUCUGGCACUACCAAUACUACGGGGCACGAUGCAGGCGGCCACGGUAGCGGCGGUCACGGCCGCCUCAAUCCCAACAUGGAGCUGAUAUACUGGCUGGAGGUGUUUUAUCUCAGCUGCCUUGGAGCAUUUGCCCUAGCCGCUGCGCCAUGGGCCAUCGCUAGGUUCCGUCAUAAGGCGGAAUGGUGUGCCGGCUGGAUUCUGCGUUGA